GACGUCAGCAAACGCAGACAAACAGAACAUACCCAGGAUAGCGCAAAAGACGGUUUACCCAAUCGGAAUAAACGCAGCGGAAUGAUUGCGACACUCCUUUUCCAUUGAAAAGUAGUCCACUUGCUCGUUGGAUUUAUCGGUAGUCGCAGGUCAGACCAUAGACAUUCACUGAAAUUAUCUACAAUGGCGGAUCAGUUGACAGAGGAACAGAUUGCAGAAUUCAAGGAGGCUUUCUCCCUGUUUGAUAAAGACGGUGAUGGCACAAUCACAACUAAAGAGUUGGGAACUGUCAUGAGGUCGUUAGGUCAGAAUCCCACUGAGGCAGAACUACAGGACAUGAUUAAUGAAGUUGAUGCUGAUGGUAAUGGCACAAUUGACUUCCCUGAGUUUCUCACAAUGAUGGCGAGAAAGAUGAAGGACACAGACAGUGAAGAAGAAAUUAGGGAAGCAUUCCGAGUAUUUGACAAGGAUGGGAACGGCUUCAUCAGUGCAGCUGAGUUGCGCCAUGUGAUGACAAACUUGGGAGAAAAACUUACAGACGAAGAGGUCGAUGAAAUGAUCAGGGAAGCUGACAUUGAUGGUGAUGGACAGGUGAACUAUGAAGAAUUCGUCACAAUGAUGACAUCCAAAUAAAAGCGCCAUCUGUGUUUGUGAACUGUGAACAUCAACCAGAGACUGGAGUUUUUGUGGCUUGUACAAACGAUCGAGUAUUUGCCGUAAGCGACGUUCCACUACGUAUCUAGGACGUGGUGUCAUACGCAACAUCCAACUACUUCGCUGACUUUGGAUAUAUUUUCCAUUUUUACUGUACCUACCCAUCUAAUAAAUAUUUCAAGACUUCUGUUUGCUCCUAACUGCUCCUGUCAUUGUUCUUCAUCCCCUGCAUAAUUUUUGUUUGUUCUAUGCAGUACCUUUCCUUUAUCGUGAAAUGGCAUUAUUGAUUCUUCAUCUGUGUUAUUUUGGCCAUUCUUGUUGUUUCCAGACAUUGUAUGUCUUUGUAAUAACAGCGGUCUUGCUUUAGUCUGUAAAUUUUUUGUAUCAUAAAAUGCAUAACGUAGUCAAUUUCUGCAUUUUUUGGAAUGAUGUAAACAUUCGUCUUGACUUUCGACUUGCCUUGUCUGUUCUGAUGGAGUAACCAAGUGAUUAUAUUGAUGAAACUGAGUAAUAACUACAAGUUUGUCUUUGACAAAAUUUAUUUGUAAAUAUCGGUCGUAUUGUUGCCUUCCUUGUAGAAGGCGGGAGUUGCAAGGUGUUGAAACGAGGCAUGAAAAUAAGAAGUAUAGGGUAGGUUUAGUAGGUUGAAAACAUUUCUCAAAACUAUUUUCUCGCCUUGUAUUCAAUUUCUGUAAUGCACCACACAUGUAGAAGACCCUCCGAUAUUUUGGAAAUUGUAAACAACAGCGUUUUCUCUAUAUUUGCUUUGCUGUGUCAUCUAGUACUUCAAGUUCUACAACUUUCAUUGGAGCUCUCGGCAGCGGUGCUAAGCAUCCUACCCACUUUAUUUUUUACUUUGGAUAUGUAUUGUUCAUCCCUUCCUCAUUGCACAGCUAUUGCAGAUGUAAGUGCAUACUGGAAAUUUGAGCAGUGUUGUGCAUUUUGAAAUUUGUGUAUAUAUUAAGAACUUGGGGGAGCAAGUGAAUGCUGUAACAUCUCGAGCACAAUGAAUCACUAAUGGGUAUAAAAGGGUUCCGGUUCGAUCGUGGUUUCCGGUCACUGUCGGGAUACAGUAUAUGUCAGGUGUUGGCUGCCCGUAGAGCCACCUACAAAUCAUUCCUUGAGCAGUUGAAACAAGUUUCUGAUACUCUGGAAAACUGGCAGUUUCUGUCUGGAAGGUUAUGGGGUUGGUCUGACCUGCGUGACUGCAGAAAACAGUUUCUUGUUUGUUUAUGAGAUCUACUUACAGGUAACCUACCUGUUGCAGCAUGGAAAGUGAUGCGUGUACAUUUUUGUUGGCCGGUCUGUACUGGUUCUACGAAUUUUGUUGACUGGUAUUUUAGCACACCUGUUUGUUUACUGCUUGGUGAUAUGUAAAGAUGGUUCAACUGCUCGUGCAUGUAACUGUACAAAACUAUUGGUAUUAAAACCACUAUCUCAAAUUUA